CCAAAUGAAAUGCUUGGGAAGUUCAUGAGCUUAAAGAAUCAUAUUCAGAACAUUCAUACUGGGCAUUCAGAGCACUUCCCAAAUUGCCUUCAUCCUCCCAUACAGGAAAGAAAUAAGAAGAAAUGGCUAAAACCAGAGUCAAAGGCAUGCGAAAAAUUGUCCGAUCUUCUAGAAAAAAGGACAUACAAAAGCUUAGUCCACAUCGGCAGACAUCGGGUGUAGAGGCAUUCCAUGGGACUAUAAUUCAAUUUGCUCCCAAAAUGCUGGUGUAUUCCUACAAUGGCAUGUUUACCAGGGUGAUAAUAGCAGCGUUGCAUUAUAAUGAAAAUGCAGGCAGAAUUGCUUUAAAAGAUGGAAAAGGAAAUGACAGAUACUCCGUAGUUUAUCCAAGAUCUAAAAGUGGUGGAUAUACAUUGCAAAAAGUGUUGACUGAGGCUACUUAUGAUUAUGUUGAUGAACUAAUAGCAGAGGCAAUUGUGUAG